UUCAUCGUCUUCCUCGAUCGGCUUUUAACAGUUGAAGAUAAAAAUGGAGGAAGAGCAGAAGAAGAUUGGAAUAGUAGAGACAUGGAUGAUGAAGAAGAAGCACGCCGCUGUUUACGCCGCCGCAACUCGACACCCUUUUAUCCAAAGUAUCAGAGACGGCUCCGUUGACCUCUCUGCCUUCAAGCGAUGGCUGGGUCAGGAUUAUGUGUUCGUGAGAUCAUUUGUUCCUUUUGUGGCGAAUUUGUUGGUAAAGGCAUGUAAAGAAUCUUCUGAUGAUGAUGAUAUGGAGGUUAUUUUAGGUGGUUUGGCUUCACUUAAUGAUGAGAUUUCCUGGUUCAAGAAUGAAGCUUUAAAAUGGAAUGUAUCCCUUAAUGAAGUCGUUUCUUACCAAGCAAAUGUUCGUUAUUGCAAUUUUUUGGAGAGGAUGAUUGGACCAGAAGUUGAUUUUGCUGUAGCAAUGACAGUAUUUUGGGUAAUUGAGACAGUUUAUCAAGAAAGUUUCGGGUAUUGCUUGGAAGAAGGUUCUAGAACACCGGAAGAGCUGAAGGAAGCUUGUGGAAGGUGGGGGAAUGCCGGUUUUGGAGAAUAUUGCAGGCGGCUGCGAGAGAUUGCGAAUCGUCUUCUGGAGAAGGCGUCUGCGAAUGUCGUGUUGGAGGCUGAAAUGACUUUACUUGAAGUUCUUGAACAUGAAGUUCAAUUCUGGAACAUGAGCCAGGGGGAACCAACAUCAUUAGCUUGAUGAAGAGAAUCAAAUCAAAUGUUUUAUGUUGUUUUGAGAAUGUCCAAACUCUUAUAUGCUUAUGAAUCCUUGUUUUCUUUUAUGGUACAUAAUACUAUAUGAAUUGAAUUUAU